AUGGUUCGAGCAAUGGAGGAAGAUGAUCAACCAAUGGAACAGCAAAAAUCUGGGUGGGCAUUUACGCGGUCAGAAGAUCUUAAAUCUUCGAUGGGCAGCGAUGGAAUGAAAGAGAGAGAACAUUCAGAUAUGGAGCAAAUGAAGGAAAAAUUCUCAAAAUUGCUUCUUGGGGAGGAUAUGUCCGGUGGGGGAAAGGGAGUUUCAUCGGCUUUAGCACUAUCGAAUGCUAUCACAAAUUUAGCAGCCUCUGCAUUUGGAGAACAAAAGAGAUUAGAACCCAUGGCACCAGAGACCAAAGCAAGAUGGAGAAAAGAGAUCGACUGGCUCCUAUCUGUCACAGAUCACAUUGUUGAAUUCGUGCCUUCAAAACAAAGGUCGAAAGAUGGAACACAAAUGGAGAUUAUGGUGACAAAGCAACGAACAGAUCUCCAAAUGAACAUCCCUGCCCUACGGAAGCUCGACGCUGUGCUCCUUGAUUGCCUCGAUAACUUUAAAGACCAAAACGAGUUCUACUAUGUAAAGAAUGCCGACGGAAGCACAGACGACAAAUGGUGGAUUCCUACUCCUAAAGUUCCUCCAAACGGCUUAAGCGAGACAACAAGAAAGUGGCUACAGUCUCAAAAGGAUUCUGUAAACCAAGUACUCAAAGCAUCUAUGGCUAUAAACGCUCAGGUCUUGACAGAAAUGGAGAUUCCCGAAAGUUACGUAGAUACUCUCCCCAAGAAUGGGAGAUCAAGCCUUGGAGACUCGAUCUACAAGAGCAUCACGGAUGAAUACUUUGAUCCAGACAUUUUACUUUCGACUCUAGACUUGUCAUCGGAGCAUAAAAUCCUUGAAUUCAAAAAUAAGAUUGAGGCAUCAGUGAUAAUCUGGAAAAGGAAAAUGAAUGCUAAAGAUAGCAAGUCUUCUUGGAGUUCAGCCGUGAGUUUGGAGAAGAGAGAACUUUUUGAAGACAGAGCAGAGACUAUUUUGCUCAUUCUUAAGCACCGGUUUCCCGGAAUUCCACAAUCUUCUCUAGACAUCAGUAAAAUCCAAUGCAACAGAGAUGUGGGACAGGCUAUUCUUGAAAGCUAUUCAAGAAUAAUUGAAAGCCUAGCAUUCACAGUGUUGUCGAGAAUAGAAGAUGUCUUACAAGCCGACUCUUUUGUACAGAAUCCAUCAAAUGGAGAACAAAAGAGGUACCCCUUAAAAGACCCUUCACCUAUUACCGUGAACUUUCCUAACGACGAAUUAGAGAAAACAAAAUCAGAUGAAACGUCGACUUCAAUGACACUGCUAGAUUUCAUGGGAUGGAAUUUAGAUCAAGGAGGUACUGAUGCUAACAAAGAUGUUGAUUCCAAGGUCCUCUCUAAACCGCCCAACAUUGUGACGAGCAAGAAAUUUUCCUACAUGGAGAGGCUAGAGAGUCUAGGGGGUGCAAGAAGUCCAACAGCACGCCAUUAA